AUGUCUUGGUUAGAGUUUGGGCUCCUCCUGGCCAUGUUCAUCACAGGAUCUCAGGGUUGUUUAAAAUGUAGCAAAGAAGCCAUGGCAUUUCAAGAAGAGUUCAAAAAUAGCUACCUGGGAAAAAAACUUCAAAGAGACCCUAAUCUCAAAACAAAAUUGGAGCAGCUCCUGGACAAUACCAUGGAGAGGAUGUGGCAACAACCCAUAGAUCCACAAAAAUACAUGGGCUCAAUUGAUGAAUUAACAUUAAAAAAACUCACUGCCUACUUCAAACGCUCUCUGAACCAGAUCAAGGAAAAUGGCUUUGAAGGUGAGCAGCUUUUCAAUGAAAUGAUGUGGAGCCUCCAGAAACUGAUGACUUAUUUUCGUGAGGUCAUGCCACCAGUUGCAAAACUCUAUUGCAGCAAUGAAUGUGGUCGUAUGAUUUAUACGUUUAUCAGUUGCGGCUCAUGUAUUAAAACUCAGCAGACCUGUAGCAAGAAGCCCAACUGUGGAGAACGGAAAGUUCAAGUGGAAAUGGAUGAAGAUUUGAUUUUGGAUUGUGCUCUGAAAUGGCAUAAGGCAAGCCAUGGAGUUAAGAUAUACAAGUUCUACAGGAUGGUGAAUAACAAGGAGCAGCUGAUGGCCAGUGGGGCAGAUUCCUUUCUGACCAAGAAAGAAGCCAAUAUGAAAGAUGCAGGCAGAUACCGAUGUGAAAUGGUAGACACAAAUGGCUAUCAAUACAGCGAGCUUGACUUUAAAGUUGUGGUGCUACCUUCAAAAGAGAAUACCACCUGGUUUACCCACCCACCACCGCUGGUUUUACAGCCAUCAUCACUGUCUCCCCUACUACCACCUUCAUUAUUGUCACCGGCACCUAUGACAGUGAAAAACUCUCUCACCCUAGGGAUUUCUUCCAGAGCUCCACCCCCCGAAGCCGAUUGGACAGCUUGGAAAGUGAGCGGGAUUACAGGAGGUGUGCUGUCCUUCAUUGUUGUUGCUUUUUUAUUUUAUUAUCGUCAUAUAUCUAAGGAGGAGGAAGAGGAGGAUGACAACGAUGACGAUGAGAGUGACAGUGACAGUGACAGUGACAGUGAAUCAGAGAGUUAG